AUGGUGCCCGGUAUAAUUCGUUCUCCAUAUUUGGAAACAAUAUACUUGUUGUGCCAUCCCGUUCAAAAGAAAGAAAAGAACGAGGAAGGAAGAGCAAAAGCACGACUUGUGUGCUUGUGCGUCCUCACCCACAUGGAGAUAAAACGUUUCAGAAGAAAAAGAACGAUAGAAAAUAAGAUUACAAUAGAUAUAACAGAGUAA